AUGUCCAAACGACGUCGUUUCCAGCCCAACCACAAAGGUAGUACAGUACAGACAUGCAUAUUCCCGGUGUCUUCAACAAGAAAAUGGCUGAAAUUAGAUGAUCCCUAUUCUCUAGGUCCACAGAGCCCAAGCCAGAGCCACCGAGAAGCAAUUUUGGCUUCUUUUGUGGUUUUGAAUUUUGGGUUUUCAAAUUUUGGGGCUAGGUUUGUGGGGGAGACGCCAAUUGAGAAGCCAUUUUUGGCUUCUUUUGUGGAGGUCAGUGGCCUUGAACCGAGGAAGUUGUCUUCUUCGUCGUCGACGGCGUCGAGCUUCGACCAUGACGAUUACAAGCCUGGUGCGCCUUUAGUUCGGAGGUACUCGAUCUCUGCUACCUCGGCUUUGUCUCAGUCUGAGCUCUCCAACCACUCUGUGACUUCUAAGCUCCAGAAACUCAAGGACCAAGUUAAGGAGGUCCGCUACAACAUUUCUUUUGGACAGCUUGCUAGAGAAGAUAACUUGGAGUUGAGACAAGAAGCAAGUGAGUUGCACGAGUAUUCUAAUGCCAAACUUGAAAGAGUUACACGUUAUCUUGGUGUUCUUGCCAAUAAAACCCGAAAGCUAGAUCAAUUUGCCCUUGAAACUGAGGCUAGAAUUUCUCCGCUGAUCAAUGAGAAGAGAAGGUUGUUCAAUGACUUAUUGACAGCCAAAGGACACAUAAAGAUAUAUUGUUGUGCAAGACCAUUAUUUGAGGAUGAAGGUUCCUCAAUUGUUGAAUAUCCUGAUGACUACAACAUCCUUGUAAGUACUGGUGAUGAUGCCUUGUCCAACCCCAAGAAGGAUUUCGAACUUGACAGAGUUUAUGGACCUCAUGUUGGACAAGCUGAACUUUUCUGUGAUGUUCAACCUUUGGUGCAAUCAGCAUUGGAUGGAUAUAAUGUUUCUAUAUUUGCAUAUGGACAAACCAACUCAGGAAAGACACACACGAUGGUUGCUCUCUUUUCCUCUUUUCCUCCCUCUGCAUUUGUUUGUGUGUGUCUUUGCCGGAAUGUGUAUCUGAUGCAUAUAAAUUUGUACUUGUAUGCUGACUUCUAUUCCUCUAGCCAGUUCAAGGCGUUGUAACUUGAUAUUUUCUUUUACAAAUUUGUUAAGUGAAUUGAUUACAAAUUCUACGUUGAUGUAUUAGGGACUUUAAAAAAGAAAUGAGAAUUGAUUCUUCACUAUUAGAUUUGAACCUUAAA